AUGAAUAUGAUAAAAAUACCAAAAAUUGAGAAUGUUCGAAUGUUGGAUCGGUUCAAUGAAAAAAAACAUUCAGCGGGAUCACUUUUCCUGACAACGACGCAUCUCAUAUUUUCCGAUAAUAAGAGGGAAAUAUGGAUGCUCCACAUGCACAUUCAGACGGUAGAAAAGCAAGCUUUAACAACGAACGGUUGCCCUCUGGUAAUCCGAUGCAAAAAUUUUCUCUCGGCAACCUUCCUCGUACCAUUCGAGAGACAUUGCCACGAUAUCUAUGUCUCGCUAUUGCAACUGUCUCAACCAGGUCACGUCAGAGAACUCUUCUGCUUCCAUUAUACGGCAUGUAGUGAGGACUUGCCCAAAACCUUGGGGUGGGACUUCUUCUCGCUCGAGGAAGAAUUCCACCGACAGGGUGUCCCGAAUAAAUAUUGGAGCAAAUCCGAUGUAAACUCAAAAUACCAGAUCUGCGACACAUAUCCAUCGAUAUUAUUCGUACCGUCAAACGUGAAGGAUCAGCAAUUGAUUGAAUGCUCGAGAUUUCGCUCUAAAGGAAGACUGCCCGUUCUAACUUAUUUCCAUAAAGCCAAUGGCGCAGCAAUCACACGGUGUUCGCAACCCCUGGCCGGAUUCUCAGGCAAACGCAGUCCUGAGGACGAGCAGGUUUUCGAAUGCAUACUGAAAAGCAACCCCAGCCCUAAAGCGCACUUCCUGUACAUUGUUGACACACGACCAAAGGUCAACGCCUUCGCACAACGAAUGGCGGGAAAAGGAUUCGAGAGCGAAAUGUUUUACGAGAACGCAAAGUUCCAAUUCUAUGCCAUCGAGAACAUCCACGUGAUGAGAGCUUCCCUGAGUAAACUUCUAGACGCGGCCGAAAUGCGGACUACGAACUAUGGCGCUUUUUUGGCCACAUUAGAAUCAUCUGGAUGGCUGAAACACAUUCGGGCAGUUCUGGAAACAGCCAAUUUCGUCUCGAGACAAAUCCAGUUCGGUAUCAGCGUUGUGGUUCAUUGUUCGGAUGGCUGGGAUAGAACAGCUCAGACUUGCGCCUUAGCCUCCCUCUUAUUAGAUCCUUACUACCGAACCAUCAAAGGCUUUCAAAUGUUGAUCGAGAAAGACUGGCUGUCGUUCGGUCACAAAUUCAUCGAUCGGUGCGGAUUCAUUCAGAGUGAUUCGAAAGAAGUCGCUCCGAUUUUUACGCAAUUCAUUGACGCAGUGUGGCAAUUGAUGCAACAGUUUCCCGCUCAAUUCGAAUUCAAUGAGCGCUUCCUUAUCAUCGUUCACGAUCAUGCUUAUUCUGCGCAAUUCGGAACUUUCGUGGGCAACUGUGAAAAAGAUCGACGCGAACUCGAUCUUUCGUCGACGACCUACUCCCUCUGGGGCUAUCUAGCCAAUAACAUCAGUAGCUUCCGGAAUCCUCUCUACACCAAGGAUUCGACGACUCCUGCGGUGUUGGAACCGUGUCUGAGCUCGCAGGGUGUGCGAUACUGGCGAGGAAUGUACAACCGAUUCGAAGCUGGCGUACAUCCGAGAGAGCCAACGGGAGAUCUGCUAUCGGCUCUGAGGGACCAUACUCUCAGCAUGAAAGAACAUUCUGAAUAUCUCAAGAAACAGAUCGAGCAGCUCAAGAACGAGCUGGCUCACGACAUUGUCUACGAAUCGGACGUCGAUCCACUCGGUGUCACCAAGGAGAAAUCCGAAGUCAUAAUCGAAGAUCACGAGAAAAAAACUUUCUCGAAUCAAAACAGCUGCUAUACCGACGAGCAGAAACAUCCGUUGGCUUUGGCUGAUGACAACACUGCCUACUGUAACAACGUGAACCUUGACUGUGAUAGCGAAACUAGUCUUAAAGUCGACAACAUACAUCAGAAGGGUUCUGUCGCCCUGAAAUGGAUGUCACUCAGGAAACCCGUCCAAUGCCCAUGUGCGCUACCAGUUGACUGCUCCUCGAGGAAAUUCCAUUGCUGGAGCUGCGGAGGAAUUUACUGUGGUCGAUGUCUCGAUGGUCAAUUAGCGUUACCCGGUCAUCUGAGCGGUCGUAGCGUUACUGUGUGUCGAGCUUGCUUCAAAAUGCUGACGAAAUCACAAUCCGAAGAAACCACCUAAGAAUACGUGCAUACGUCAUUCGAAGAAUGUUUCUGGUGAUUUUUCUGGAAUUUUUCUCUAUGUCUCUCUCGUCAGUAUUCCCUCAGUAGUUAAGACGAUGUGAUAUACAACAGACACCUCUUACAUGAUUAUUGGUAGUUGAGGUAUUUAGAAGAUGAAGCACUUUACUUACAGUUCGCAACUCGGAACUA